AUGGCAAUGGAUACUCUAGCGGUUAUACGAAGAGGCGACGUAAAAACGAUGAUGAUUACCGCGGUAGACACGCAGCCUAUAUUUAUAAUCUUCUAUUUUGAGCUAUCAGCUUUAUUGUGGGCCAGUGAAUCCGUUAAUUUUUUUGCGGAGAAGGCAUUUAAUCAGUCUGCUGCUCGCUCAUGGCCGCACUGUGCUGUUUGCCAAUAUUUCCAACCUCUUCAUAUGUCAUCAUUCUCGAGAGAAAUUCCGCACAAAUCCGCCAGAUUAGCUUUUGGCCUUUGCUUCGCUAAAGACGAGCGUAGAUUACCUGCUGUUGACUUGCCUGAGGAUGUUCUCAUAACGUGUUCGAAUUGCGGAGUUACUGUUCAUCCUUCGUGUUAUGGUGGGCCCUCUAAUUCGGCAGGUACAGGUGAGAAAUCAUCCAAUCCAAUUUGCCCAUUGCAGGCUUUUAUAGAUGAUUGGCGAUGUCUGCGCUGUAGGGAUCAUGAUGAUAUUGCGAUUCGAGGAAGAUCAUGUCAUUUGUGCGAGUUGAGAGGAGGCGCAUUGGUGCCAUGUCGAGCAGGCGCAGACAUCUCUGCAUUCGUACACACCAUUUGUGCCAUUUUCAAUCGUGCAAGUGCUAAUGCUGUUCCUUGUAGCAAAUAUCUUCCACGAGACUACGUCCUUGCAAUGGGAGAUGAAUACGAAUCUUCGCGCUAUCAAUGUGACUUGUGCGGAAUCAGUCGGGAAGGUCUUAUUAGAUGCUCAGCUUGUGAUGAGGACGAUGAUCCAAUCUUGGCACAUGUAACUUGUGCGCGACAAGCUGGUUUCUUGUUCGAACGUCGUACUUAUCCACAAAUUACCGCAAUGGUUUGCGAUCGGCAUCAAGUUUGCGAGAUUGGGCCUUUGAUGGAUAUAGAUUUGGGCGAUACUGUGAUAGCUUGGAUGGAUGGCGGUGCUCUUGUGCGGCAGGGCACAGUGGAUAGGCUUGUGCUUCGAACGCAGCUGACGGUUGAUUUUGAAGACGGAUCUGUAUCGGAUAAUGCACUGCCUAGCGACAUUGUAUUGUGUAGCUGUAUACGACGCAAGAAAUGCUCAGAUGGACAGCAUCAACCUGGCAGCAGGGUAAAAGUUCGCUGGAAUGACGGUGAGCUCUACGAUGCAUAUUAUAGAUGUACAUUGAAGGCGGUGGAAUACACUGUUGUAUUCCGAGACGGGACUUCUGCACGACUUCCUAGGUCGGACAUCUACGGUGCCGCUGAUGCGGUGCCUCAAGAAGUGCGGAGGAGAUUGCGCAAGUUUGAAGGAGCUAAUAGUGCGUCACUAUGCUUUACUUAGGU